CUAACAGAUGUAAUGCCACCAGCCAGCCUCCAUCAAGAUUAAGUCAGCUGACUCCCCCCUUGCGUGUGAUCCAGAGCAUCCAAGCAGGACACCCUGAGCUCCAGGGCUGCGGUCCCCUCCGCCUCCUGCAGAGGGAGCCACAGCGUCCGCCACAAAACCGGGCAGCAGCAGCUGAGCCGCGGCAGCGAGUGCGGUGCAGUCGACCUGAGAGGAGCCGAGCGUGUUGCCGCCGUCGUGAGGAGACACCGCACAGAUGAAGGGACCUUCGCGGAUAACUAUCACACACCCCUCCGUUUGAUCACCCCCCUACAUAUCAAACAGCACACUCCUCCUUGUUUUCCUCUCCCGCGGAUUUCCUGCUCCGUCGCUGCGCCUCUUUCAUUCGGAGGGCUUGCCUGUUUGUGUUUUUUUUUUUCCUCCGGGAGGCUGAAUGGAAGCAGCAGCCGAGGGAGCGGUCGGGCUGUCGGAGGCCAGGGACGGGAGCCCGCUAUCAGUCACCGCAGCAUCCGAUGAUGGGGACACGGUCGUCGGAGUUAGCUACGGGAUGGACGCCGCAGACAUGGAUGCUGCUGCUAAGAAAGCCUUCAUCACAGAGAUGCCCUCAUCCUCAGGCCAGCCGGGUCAGGGAAAGAAGAUCGGCCACAGAGGGGUGGAUGCAUCAGGGGAAACUACUUACAAGAAGACCACAUCCUCAGCCUUGAAAGGUGCCAUCCAGCUGGGCAUCGGUUACACGGUGGGCAACUUGAGCUCCAAGCCGGAGAGAGAUGUGUUGAUGCAGGACUUCUAUGUGGUCGAGAGCAUCUUUUUCCCCAGUGAAGGCAGCAACCUCACUCCGGCCCACCACUUCCCAGACUUCCGCUUUAAAACAUACGCUCCAGUGGCCUUCCGCUACUUCAGAGAACUGUUUGGCAUCAGGCCGGAUGACUACCUGUACUCACUAUGUAAUGAGCCUCUGAUCGAGCUGUCCAAUCCCGGAGCGAGUGGCUCAGUCUUCUACCUUACAAAGGAUGACGAGUUCAUCAUCAAGACUGUGAUGCACAAGGAGGCUGAAUUCUUACAGAAGCUACUGCCUGGAUACUACAUGAACUUGAAUCAGAACCCUCGCACUUUGCUGCCCAAGUUUUUCGGCCUCUACUGUGUCCAGUCGGGUGGGAAGAACAUCCGUGUGGUGGUGAUGAACAACGUCCUUCCCCGCGUGGUUCGCAUGCACCUCAAAUACGACCUGAAGGGCUCCACUUACAAGAGGCGAGCGUCCAAGAAGGAAAGAGAGAAGGCCAGGCCCACUUUCAAAGACCUGGACUUCAUGCAAGACCUCCAGGAUGGACUGAUGCUAGACCAGGACACUUACAACGCGCUGGUCAAGACUCUACAGAGAGACUGCCUGGUGCUGGAAAGCUUCAAGAUCAUGGACUACAGUCUACUGCUCGGGGUUCACAACAUGGACCAGGCGGAGAGGGAGAGGCAGAUGGAGGGCUCCCAGGGCGGCAGUGAUGAGAAGAGGCCCGUGGCCCAGCAGAAGGCCCUGUACUCCACAGCCAUGGAGUCAAUCCAGGGAGGAGCCGCCUGCGGAGGGUCUAUCGACACUGACGACACGAUGGGCGGUAUCCCGGCUGUGAACGGAAGAGGAGAGAGACUUCUUCUCUACAUCGGAAUCAUCGACAUCCUGCAGUCUUACAGGCUCAUCAAGAAACUGGAGCACACAUGGAAGGCUCUGGUUCACGACGGGGACACCGUAUCAGUCCACCGGCCGGGCUUCUACGCUGACAGGUUCUUCAAAUUCAUGAGCAGCACAGUUUUCAAGAAGAGCUCCUCUCUGAAGUCAUCUCCAUCCAAGAAGGGUCGUGUGUCGUUGUCAGUGCCGAAGUGUGGCGGUCCUGGUGCUGCUUGGUCAGCCAGCCAGCUGCCCUCCGAGAGAGAUGAGAAUAUCUACGACCUGCGAGGCGCUCGCAGCUUCCCAACGCUGGAGGACGAAGGGCGACCAGAUCUUCUUCCAUGUACUCCUCCGUCAUUUGAGGAGGCCACCACAGCGUCAAUUGCCACCACUCUCUCUUCCACCACCUCUCUGUCCAUCCCGGAGAGGUCCCCCUCUGACACAGCCGAGCACCCCCGCUACAGGAGGCACACCCAGUCUCUCAGCCAUGACGGAAGGACCCAGGAGGAGCUGCGUGUGCGUGAGGAGGAUCAGCAGACCAUCACUGUGGAGGUGGAGCUGAAGAGACACGACAGUGAGCCCACUAUCUCCGUUCCACAGCCCUGCGCUGAACCCAGUGAGGUUCAGGAAGCAGCUGGUGCCGAGGCUCCCGAUGCCGCAGCAGCAGAAGCAGCACCCUCCAGCUCUUCGCCAGCGCCCGAAGCAGCAGCCUCCUCCUCGUCUGCCCAAGCUGCUCCCUCUUCCCCUGGUGCAGCAGCCAAGGAGGCCCCGUCCAGUCCCAAGCUGGUGAUGGAGGCGGACAGAGCCAGCCAGAUGUCUGGCUCAGGGUGCACCAGCCAGGCUUCAGUCGACGAUGAGGAUGACGUGCCAAUCACAGAUAUCUACUUUCCUCCAGAGGACAGGACCUGGGUGUACUCUCCGCUACACUAUGGCUCAGAGUCAAAGGCCCUGCCAGAUGGGGAUUGGGAAAGAGAGACAUAAACCCUGUUCUCUGGCAGAGAGGAGCGAAUGUCUCAGUGGAGAGGACUCGUCGGUCUGAUGUCCAGACCUCAGCGGUAGCAGCAGGAUCUCUGUCCGAACCAGGAUUUUAAACAUGCAUACAGAAACUGAACAACAACCGAGGGGGAAAAAAAAGUGACUUCAGUACCAGAGAGGGGGGAAAAAAUCCUGACAGUGAUGACAUCACUGAUCUCCAACCAUCCCUGCCUUUCACCCUUCACAAACAAAAAAAUACAUCAGUUUAAUGAUAAAGUGUACGUGUGACAUACAGUAGUGCGUGUACGGAUGUAGUCUUAUCUGUUCGACAUCCACGACAAUAACUCAGUGCCUAUGAAAGGUACUCACCUCUCUGGACGUUUUCAUGUUUUAUUAUCUCCCAACGUUGAGUCAUAGAAAAUAUGAUGUUGCUUUUUUUUUACACUGAUCAGCAGAAAAAGACUCUUUAAAGUCAGCAAACAUAAAGUAAAGCAUAAUAACUUUCAAAUGGGGUGAAUACUUUUUGUAUGUAUUGUACAGUCUGUUUCUAGUUCACACAAUCAGCGCCCUCUGACAGGCUCAUCGGGCUUUCCCAGUCCCUCACUGAACUUGCGCUGCUCUGGGUAGUGGCUACAUUGCUGUUGUACCCUCCUCACCGCCAUCUUGCUUUCUUCGAACAGCUGGAUGAGAAACACAACACGUGAUGUCCACCUGGGAGCAGCACAUCCAGCCACGUGCAGACUUCAGUGUGCUCAGUGAGCGGUCGAAGCCCUGUGGCGUUGGAGGGCUCUGCCUGUGCUCGUAGAACUGGAGUUACAAUGAUAACCACCGUUUGGCCAGUUGAAAAAGAUCAUCAAUAUGUGUCUGUCGUCAGCUGUGUUUGGAAUCACAUACUAAUUUACUGUUCAUGCAAGUAUGAUGUCAAGUUCCGUAUGUAGCACGUGGAUAUUGUGUACGCAAGAAAUGCCUAACCCGACGCGCCAGAUGGGGGUUUUUGGGGCAUAGAAUGACCGAGGAAGUCACCCUGAGAGACUGUUUGGAAAAGGACACGCAGUUUUAAAAGAUACUUGGCAGGUGACUGGAUGAGGCACGUGUCUAUCACAAGCUGACGUCAUCCAAUCAGAUUGACAGUAGGGUCUUAGCUAGUUGGUAUAUAAAACACUAAUCUAAACCAGUUGAGAGAAGAGGGAAAAACAUCAUUUCCAGCCUUCAGUGCCUUCUCUCGAUGAAAUAAACUCUCCAGCUCCUACAUCACUGAUGACUGAUGCUAUAGCAGCGUCUACUCUAACCUCUUGAGUGGCAGCCUUUUGUUGUUUCCAAACUAAAUCGUUGCUUCGUUAGCUGGUCGUCACAUCCAAACCGUGUUGUAGAUGCUCACUGGUUCCUCCUAAGACACAAGCGCAUAACUUGACGCCUGACAAGAUAGAUUCACAAGAUCACGCUGUCCCCCAAAUCAGCAAGACUGUCCUGCAACGUGAAAACAAACCGGGAUGUAUUCUAGAUUAGCAGGAAUUUAUGCAGAGUAUGCAGCAUGAGUUUACUGCACAUACUCCAUGCAAAACAUGUAAUGGUUUUAAUUUGCCUUAAAAUAAAUACGCUCUAUUCCAGGGAAGCACGGACCAGUAAUGUUGUGAUCAGUACAGUCAUGUGAUGCAGUUGCUUUGAGCGCAGUGCGAACAGUCUGCUGGAUACGGCGGACUCAGUCGUUCAUUUAGUAGACAGUAUGCAGCGGACACCGACUGAGUGUGUUAGUAUGCGAUUUCAGACACAGACAUCGUCACAUUUCUGGUAGUCAGUAUAUGCAGUUUUGUUUAUAGGUGGAAGAAUUAAAUCACAUCAUGUCCUUUAGAGAAUAUAUUUAGCAAUCAGGUUGUUUCAUUCAUAGCAUCAUAAUUUAUUAUUUAUGUCAAAUGUUGUUGUUGAUUUUUGGAGACAUUUUUUUUAUUUCUGAGCUUUUCUUCUGCUGUUUUACUACCAUGAACUUUUAUUUAUUUGUAUUUUAUUCUAAUCUUCACUGUUAUCGCGACUUUUUCACUCUCAAAUGCUUCAUUUCUUUUUUUAUUUGUAUCCAAAGAACUCCUUUUUUUUUUAGAAGUUUCCCAGUUUGUUUGUUUUUUACAUCACGUAUGUGUCGUGUAAUUUUAAUGCUACUACUUUUUUUCACUAAACGGCUAAGAGGCUUAGAACUAAAUCGCAACACUAAGGCAACAUUGUUGGUCGUUAUGGUAAUCGUUACUUAUGACAAUGUCUUCCGGUGUUGCCGUAUUUUUGGACAGAUGCACAGAAAUCAUUUGUAAACAAGAGAUUCUCUCAUUAGGGUGGAAAAAACAAUUAGCAUAUCAGUGACAGUCGCCCUCACCUCCUUACAAUAAGAAAAUCCAUCGACUGGACAUUUGUAGAUGUAAAGCAUCAGUUGUAGUAUUUGCGGUCAAUAUCGUACCUGUUAUCUGUAAAUGUGAAUGAACACAGUACGUUGCAGUGUUGACUCGGUGAGGCACGGCAGUUUGUAAAUGGGCUGAAUGUUGUUUGCACUUCUCAAGAGGACCUGAAGAUGAACUAGUGAUAGAGGCCAAAUAAACAUACAUCACGUUAAUCUUCGUUUCUGCUUCACGCGGGCUGAUAUUUAGACGGCAUUUAUGUUAGGAUUAUCAAAGUGUGUGUGUUGGUGAAGUCGAUCACAGUCAUCGUAGGGUUAGUGUUUACUGUAGUCUCUCUGUGGCUGACAUCUUAGGACUCUCAAGUAAGACUUAAGUUCAACAAACUGAUUUUUUAUGAUCCGACUUCAGAAGCAGUCUCUUCAGUUGGUCGGUAUGUUUCUAUGUGUAUUUGUGUGUACGGGACACAUCAAUGUCGAGACUUUGUAAAAUAGAAGAAUCAGCUCAUUCUCAUGAUGUGCAGUGGCCAGUUGUAAUCAGUUUUGCUGUUGUUCAUCAGAUGGAGACCAUAGCAGCAAUAUUUUGUACAGUCUAGCUUUUAAGUUCAUUCUUAUUGCCUUAUUGAGAAAUCUUACAUGUAGGCCUAUCGUUUAUAUAUUUUUUUUUCACUCGUGCUGUUGUAUUUAUUUUUUCUUUCUCAUAGUUGUGCUCCUGAGAAUGUGUACAUAAAAUUAUAAAUACAUAUAUAAAGAUAUACAAAUAUAUUUUCCAUUUGAAUCGGAGAAUAUUAUUUUUAUUUGGUUUUAUUUUUGCUGCUGGGCAAGAAAUGAUUGCAAUCUACAUAAUUUACUGUACCAUAUCCUUCAGUGUGUUUAUUGAGAUGCAGCUGCUGUAUAUUUAUGGUCUAUAAGCCACAGCUGUGUCUUUGUAAGAUAUCCAAAACUGAAAGAUUUGUGGGUUUUACUGUACAUGCAAAUCAAUAGGGAUUCUUCCAACUGUUCAGCUGUGUUGUGUAUGUGUUUUCAAAUCGCUGUGUGCCCUCAUCCAAUAGGGAGAGUCCUUUACAGAGACAUAGCAUGAUUUUAAAAAUGAAUAUGCAUAUCAGAAAUGUGUAUUUAUGUAUAUCUGUGUAUAUUCAUCUAUUUAUACGUGAGGAUAAAUAGAUGGCUGUAUGUGUGUGUGUUUGGACUCAGUCAGAAUGAAUACAAAAUAAAGCAGUUCUAUGAAUUGUUGUCCAUGGA